AUGAGAGGCUACCUUGUGGCUAUAUUCCUGAGUGCUGUCUUCCUCUACUACGUGCUGCAUUGCAUAUUAUGGGGUACAAAUGUCUAUUGGGUGCCACCUGUGGAAAUGAAACGAAGAAAUAAGAUCCAGCAGUGUUCAUCAAAGCCAGCAUUUGCUUCUCUCCUGAGGUUUCAACAGUUUCACCCUUUUCUUUGUGCAGCCGAUUUUAAAAAGCUUGCUUCCUUAUAUGGUAGUGAUAAGUUUGAUUUGCCCUAUGGGAUGAGGACAUCAGCGGAAUAUUUUCGACUUGCUCUUUCAAGACUGCAGAGCUGUGACCUCUUUGAUGAGUUUGACAAUGUGCCGUGUAAAAGGUGCGUGGUGGUUGGUAAUGGAGGAGUUUUGAAGAACAAGACAUUAGGAGAAAGAAUUGACUCCUAUGAUGUAAUAAUAAGGAUGAAUAAUGGUCCCGUUUUAGGACACGAAGAGGAAGUUGGGAGAAGGACAACCUUCCGACUUUUUUAUCCAGAAUCUGUUUUUUCAGAUCCCAAACACAAUGAUCCUAACACCACAGCCAUUCUCAUUGCUUUUAAGCCGCACGAUUUGAAGUGGCUGUGGGAAUUGUUGAUGGGGGGCAACAUAAACACUAAUGGUUUUUGGAAAAAACCAGCCUUAAACCUGAUCUAUAAACCAUAUCAAAUCAGAAUCUUAGAUCCUUUCAUUAUCAGAACAGCAGCUUAUGAACUGCUUAAUUUCCCAAAAGUGUUUCCCAAAAAUCAGAAACCCAAACACCCGACGACAGGAAUUAUUGCCAUCACCUUGGCCUUCCACAUAUGUCACGAAGUCCAUCUCGCUGGCUUUAGAUACAACUUUUCUGACCUCAAGAGUCCUUUGCACUACUAUGGGAACGCCACCAUGUCCUUGAUGAGCAAGAAUGCAUAUCACAACGUGACUGCAGAACAGCUCUUUUUGAAGGACAUUAUAGAAAAGAACUUUGUAAUCAAUUUGACUCAAGAUUGA